GGGAGCGCACAACAGCUCACAUUCCUGAGACGCUAUGCAGCCUCCAUGCUCCACUGGCUAACUCCACGGUGGCAGGUUUCACUCGGUCCCAUUGGACCCGCUGCGACCCUUUGUUGGGUGGGCGGGAAGCCCCUGGACUCCUCACCCCCCUAGUCACAUGGCCUCUCUCUGGCCCCUCCCCCUCUUUCUCUGGAGUCCGCCUUUUUCUCAUGGUGACAGUAAUUGUUUCCACAGUCACCCAUCGCCCCUCCUGCCCAGGCCUCUCUGCUAGGGCUCCCAAAUUCCUGGUCCCCUGUGUACCACUGUGGAGAUAAUAUGUUGUUCUUCGCUUUCCUGUUAAAGGUGACUUGGAUCCUGGCUGCAGAUGGGGGUCACCACUGGACAUACGAAGGCCCACAUGGUCAGGACCACUGGCCAACCUCUUACCCUGAGUGUGGAGGCAAUGCCCAGUCUCCCAUCGACAUCCAGACAGACAGUGUGGUGUUUGACCCUGAUCUGCCUGCUGUACAGCCCCAUGGAUAUGACCAGCCUGGUACUGAGCCUUUGGAUCUACACAAUAACGGCCAUACAGUGCAGCUCUCCCUGCCCCACACCUUGCACUUGGGUGGACUGCCCAGAAAAUACACAGCAGCCCAGCUCCACCUGCACUGGGGUCAGAAAGGAUCCCAAGAGGGCUCGGAGCACCAGAUCAACAGUGAGGCCACCGCUGCAGAGCUCCAUGUGGUCCAUUAUGACUCCGAGUCCUACGGCAGCCUGAGUGAGGCAGCUCAGAAGCCUCAGGGCCUUGCUGUCCUAGGCAUCUUAAUUGAGGUGGGUGAGGCUGAGAAUCCAGCCUAUGAUCACAUUCUGAGUCAUCUGCAUGAAAUAAGACACAAAGAUCAGACAACCUCAGUGCCUCCCUUCAGUGUGAGAGAGCUGUUCCCCCAACAGCUGGACCAGUUCUUCCGUUACAAUGGUUCGCUCACAACUCCCCCCUGCUACCAGAGUGUACUCUGGACAGUCUUCAACAGGAAGGUCCAGAUGUCAUUGGGACAGUUAGAAAAGCUCCAGGGGACACUGUUCUCCACAGAAGAGGAAGGACCUGAGCCCCUCGUGCAAAACUACAGAGUCCCCCAGCCUCUCAACCAGAGGACCAUCUUUGCUUCUUUCAUCCCAGUGGGACCAUUGUAUACCACAGGAGAGAUGCUGGGUCUAGGUGUGGGAAUCUUGGCUGGAUGUCUCUGCCUUCUGCUAGCUGUUUAUUUCAUUGCUCGAAAAAUUAGGAAGAAGAGGCUAGGAAACAGGAAGAGUGUGGUCUUCACUUCAGCACGGGCUACCACAGAGGCUUAAACUCUGUCUCAAGAUGACAUGGAUGCCUUCCCUCACAUCUGUCAGGGAGUCUUUCUAAGGGGUGCAGGGACUGGACUACCAGUCCAGACACAUGUCCUUUUAGACACCACCUCCCCACUCAUACACCAGAGAAGCAAGGACCCAGUUUAAGGAUGAGCAGGUCGGGAGGCCCCUGCUUUAAUGUGUAGCUAUGAAGAAGCUGAGGACAUGCCCUGAUACCCUCACCUUCGAGGCCUUUCCUAGGUACACCUAGAUACAUAUCUCGAUACUUUUCCUCUAGGAAAAAGAGCUGCUGCUGGAAUUUUAGUCAUUUUUUGCUCAAUAUAUGUUUGAAAAUUCAA